CUCAGCCCCCUUUCCGCUUUACUCCCCCGCCCCCGGGCCGCGCCGCGCUGUGCUGCCUGGGAGCUGCGGGGCGGCCGCUGAGCAGGGACCGGAGACCGGCCGCGGGCUCAGGUGCUGAAAACUCACUGGAAACAUGGGGUCUGAAAACCCAAGUCCACAGAACCCUGGCUGUAAGAUCAUGACCUUCCGUCCCACCCUAGAGGAGUUUCGGGACUUUGGGAAAUAUGUUGCCUACAUCGAAUCGCAGGGAGCUCAUAGGGCAGGGCUUGCCAAGGUGAUUCCUCCCAAGGAAUGGAAGCCCCGAAAGACUUAUGAUGACAUCGAUGACAUGGUCAUCCCAGCGCCUAUCCAGCAGGUGGUGACUGGGCAGUCGGGGUUAUUCACCCAGUAUAAUAUACAGAAGAAACCCAUGACGGUGGGGGAAUACCGGCGUCUGGCCAACAGUGAGAAGUACUGUACUCCUCGCCACCAAGAUUUUGAAGACCUGGAACGCAAAUACUGGAAGAAUCUGACAUUCGUCUCACCAAUUUAUGGGGCAGAUAUCAGUGGCUCACUAUAUGAUGCAGAUGUAGAAGAAUGGAAUAUUGGGAAUCUGAACACCCUGUUGGACAUGGUGGAGCAUGAGUGUGGGAUUAUCAUAGAAGGUGUGAACACCCCCUACCUUUAUUUUGGCAUGUGGAAAACAACAUUUGCAUGGCAUACUGAGGACAUGGAUCUCUACAGCAUCAACUACCUGCAUUUUGGGGAGCCGAAAUCCUGGUAUGCCAUACCACCAGAACACGGCAAGCGAUUGGAACGCCUGGCAAAAGGAUUUUUCCCAGGAAGCUCUCAGGGAUGUGAUGCCUUCCUUCGCCACAAGAUGACCCUCAUUUCACCCUCCAUCUUGAAGAAAUAUGGCAUCCCAUUUGACCGGAUCACCCAAGAGGCUGGAGAGUUUAUGAUCACAUUUCCUUACGGCUACCACGCGGGAUUCAACCACGGCUUCAACUGCGCCGAGUCCACCAACUUUGCCACACUGCGGUGGAUUGACUAUGGCAAAAUGGCUACGCAAUGCACUUGCCGCAAAGACAUGGUGAAGAUUUCCAUGGAUGUUUUUGUGAGGGUUCUACAGCCGGAACGUUAUGACUUAUGGAAACAAGGGAAAGAUGGUGCUGUUCUGGACCACAUGAAACCUACAGCUCUGACCAGCCCAGAGCUGGAUGCCUGGAAUGAGACAAAGCCUGAGCUGAAAGCUAAGCUGCUCCGCAGGAUGGGAGAUGAAGAAGAGGACAACAAACAAAAUUACCGGUCUCACAGAAAAAGAAGUCAACCCAGAAGGCAUAAAACAGAGGAUCAGAAGUCUCUUGGGGAAGUCAUAGCUAUGGAGACUGCCCUGGAAGAAGUCAAAAUGAAGGAGGAGCUGAAAAGAGGGCCAGACCUAGAUGAAGAAGAGAGAAGUAAAGUGACUGAGGGGGGAGAAGGAGACAGCAAGGUAAAGGGCCGUCCCCCCAAAGUAAAAGGCGAGAGAAAGAAGAAGCACCCUCACCAUCAGCACCACCACCAUCACAGUCAUCACCUGCAGCCGCCUCUGCCCCCUUUGCAGCAGCAGCUGUUGCCACCGCCUCCUCCACAGCCCCAACAGCAACCGGCCGAGGAAGAGGCAUCAGCAGCACAGCCACUGAUUCCUGUAGUCGCACCAGCAUCAGCCCCGGCGGAGAAGAGCUUACCCUCCGCUCCCCUCAACAUCGUCCUGCCCUCAGAGGCGCCAAGUGAGGACGAUGACUUUAAGCCCCGACCCAUCAUUCCCAUGCUUUAUGUGGUUCCACGGACCAAAAAGGUGGUCUUUGAAAAGGAGCGCAUAUCCUGCCAGCAGGCCUUUGAGCAGUUUGCCACACAAAAAGGCCAGGUUUGGCGGGAGCAGGUGGUCCCUUUGGAGCUCACUGUGAAGGAGGAGGAGAGCGGAGAAGCAGAAAAUGCAGAUGUUGCCACUGAGGUCAGUGACUUACAGGCCACAUCUGCUUUUUUAAAAAUGAAGAUGGAGAUAAAGAAAAGUCGCCGUCACCCACUGGGCAAACCACCAACCCGCUCCCCAUUGUCUGUGGUUAAACAGGAGGCCUCAAGUGAUGAGGAAACGUUUCCAUUUUCCGGGGAGGAGGAUGUGAGUGACCCAGAGGCUUUGAAGUCUUUACUUUCCCUGCAGUGGAAGAAUAAAGCACAUAACUUCCCAGCUGAGCGAAAAUUCAAUGCAGCUGCUGCCCUGAGCGAGCCUUUCUGUGCUGUCUGUACCCUCUUCUACCCUUAUAACCAGUCCUUACAGAUGGAUAAAGAGGCUGUCCAGGUCUCCACAGGGGAGAGCUCCUCCUUGCUCCAGCUUUCAAAGUGUGGACAGAAGACAAAACCUCUGAUCCCUGAGAUGUGCUUUACCUCAGGCGGUGAAAACACAGAGCCCCUUCCUUCAAACUCGUACAUCGGAGAAGAUGGAACCAGCCUCCUGAUAUCCUGUGCCAAGUGCUGCCUGCAGGUUCAUGCUAGUUGCUAUGGAAUACGCCCUGAUCUGGUGAAUGAAGGCUGGUCUUGUUCACGGUGCUCAGCCAAUGCAUGGGCAGCGGACUGCUGCCUGUGUAAUCUCAGGGGAGGAGCUCUUCAAAUGACCACUGAUGGAAGGUGGAUCCAUAUAAUCUGUGCUAUCGCUGUCCCAGAGGCCCGUUUCCUCAACGUAAUAGAGCGCCAUCCUGUGGACAUCAGUGCUAUUCCAGAGCAGCGGUGGAAACUGAAAUGUGUGUACUGCCGGAAGCGGAUGAAGAAGGUGUCUGGUGCCUGCAUUCAAUGCUCCUAUGAGCACUGCUCCACUUCCUUCCAUGUGACCUGUGCACAUGCCGCUGGGGUACCCAUGGAACCGGAUGAUUGGCCAUAUGUUGUGUCCAUCACUUGCUUCAAACAUAAAGCAGCCAACCACAAUAUCCAGUUUCGGAGGGAGGUAUCGCUGGGGCAGACUGUGAUUACGAAGAACCGCAAUGGACUCUACUACAGGUGUAAAGUAAUUGGCAUGACAACGCAAACCUUCUAUGAAGUGAACUUUGAUGAUGGCUCUUACAGCGACAACGUUUACCCGGAAAGCAUUACUAGCAGAGACUGCAUUCAGAUGGGACCCCCUCCAGAAGGCGAGUUGGUUCAGCUGCAGUGGACUGAUGGAAUCAUCUAUAAGGCCAAGUUCAUUGCAGCCCAGAUCAGUCAGAUUUAUCAGGUGGAGUUUGAAGAUGGCUCCCAGCUGAUGGUAAAACGUGGUGAUAUUUACACAUUGGAGGAGGAGCUUCCUAAGAGAGUGAAAUCUCGCCUGUCCCUCAGCACUGGGGCCCCUCAGGAAGGAGUGUUUUCGGGAGACGAAGUGAAAGCGGCUAAGCGCCCCCGAGUGGGGAAUUCCAGGAGUCCCGAGGACUAUGGACAGAACCCAGAUUAUUUGGCCUUCAUGGAGACCCUGCUGCAGACGCAGUACCAGCCAGGACCACAGAGCAACAUGUUUUAACCAGGAUUAAUAAUAAUAAAAAAUUAACCCUUUUCAACCCUGAGGAAAAAUAACCAGGAAACUGUGGAACAAAAGGCCAGCCCCGUGCAAUAGCCUGCUGUGAAUUCCUUUCUUCUGCUCUUGGUUUGGACUGCAAGAAAAUCCUGUCUGGCUACAGGCUACCUCUACUCUGUCAGCUGCAUUGCUGGCCAAUAGAAUAGGGAGCUCAAAACCCCUUCAGACAGCAUUUCACAUGAAGACUUCGGAAGAGUUUGUACUAAUGGAGCUUUGUGAUUGGCUCCUUUUUUUUUUUUUUUUUUUUUUUAAGGUUUGGAAAGGGUUAAAAUGAAUGAAAAAUGAAAUGACUCAGAUUUUUAAACCACAUCAAACUCUUUUGUCUUUAAAAGGUGCUAUUUCACUGACUACUGAAGCAGCCUUUGGAAUCAUGAUUUCUGUACAUAUAAAUCACCUUUGUGACGUUUUCUAUAAAUGAGCAUUAUUAAGAAAAAAAAACACAAACAAAAAAUAGGAAAGCAACAAUUUCCACCAAUAAUUUUUUCUAGGUCAUUGCUUUAAAACAGGAAAAAAAAAAAAUCAUUUUCCCCUCCUUCCCACCACUGAAAUGUAAUUUAACACUGCAGUGGGGAGAGAGAACAAGAGCAGACAUCGUGGGUUGUUUUUUAAAGCAAUGUUUUCUUUGUAACCUGGGGAAGGGGGGAAAGAAAUGUCUCAUAACCCGAAUGUUGUUGCAGUCAAUGAAUUAGAUGGUGGGUGUGUGCAUUUCUGCCCCGUCAUCAGCAAAGAGCAACCAGUGGAGAAACGGCUAGCCAUUGCUAUUUGCUCCUUCUACUCCUCUUCCUUCCCUUUUCCUUCCCCAUCUUUGCAAUCACUUAGACUCUGCGGCCUCCAGCGUGCAUGCCUUUCGAUUCAGAUAUGCCACUUGAUUCCUCCCCUCACAGUUCUGGCAGGCAUUAUUCUGUUGCUGCCCUCCCCUUCCUAUCAGACAGUGGCGUGCAAGGGGAUUGUUCUGGCUCUCUAUUAGGCAUGGCUUUGAGCUGUGCCGCUUACAGUUGUGCGAAUCAUUCCACGACAGAAGCCUUGGAGGUGUGUGUGUAUGUUCUUCCCCUCCUUCCCCCCAUUAAAGAAGAAAUUCCCCAAACGCCUUCGAUUGUUGUGACAUCCUUUGCCUAGGUAAGGAGUCAGCCUUUGAGAUGCUCCUGGUGAAGCGGGAUGAAAGCCUGCAUUUGUUUGGGCUCAGUUCACUGAGUAUUAAAAUGAGUAUUAAAGUCAGAAACAAAUCUUGAAAUAUUGAGCGGGCAGCUCCCACCUGAACGCUGUGUAAGCCGCUCCUGCUGUAAAGCUGUUACGGAACAGUGUUGCAUAAAAGACCUGAUCCAAAACCCAUCUAAGUUGGUGGAAAGAGGCUCCCGCUGACUUCAGAGGGCUUUGAAUCAGGUUUGAAGUGAAGAGAAAUAAGACGACUUCGUGGAGAACUGCAGGGAGAUGAGGCUGCUACAGUGUGUGCGUGGCGGAACGGGGACAUGGCACAUGUACAGCACCUAUUCAAACCCACCUUUGUGUCUUUGCCUGUGAGUUGACAAAGCUAUCCAGGAAACGCGUCCUCAGCAAUCUUUUUCACUUGAGUCCCUGAACUUCCUGGGCAGGGAGGAACAAUAGUCUCUUUUUAAGCCCCCUUGUAAUACAGUCAAUUUUUUUUUUUAAAGUGACUGUGUUUAGAUAUCUUCAGGGGAGUAAGUGGGAAGCAUUUGGGGGAUAACAUGGUAAUUAGCAUCUUAAGAGACUGGACGGAUAUUCAGCUGUCCCAGUCAGAGAAUGGAAAUGGAGUGAAGUGUUCUUUCUUGGGGGAAUUAGAAUUCCCUUCACUUCUUGCUGCCUCUGCUGUGAGGUGCUUUGCUCUUUUUUUGUUUUUUUGUAUUUUUAAUUUUUUUUAUUUUAAGUUUUCAACUUCUCCAAAUGAAUCUGUCUCCAAAAAAGCAUUAGACUGAAUUUAUAAAAGAAGAAUGUACUUUUUUUUUUAAGGAAAAAAGGACGUGGUUCUUAAAAGCCUCAGUUUGUGUCAUUUUGGAUAGAAGACGAAUUAGAACCUAGUUGGAGUCUCUUUCCUUUAUUUGCUGCUGCACCUGUGUAGCGAUUACUCCUGCACAGGUGUCUCCUGUUGGCUAUAACACGAUUUAAAGGAUAAUUUGCUUGUAUAAAAGAAAAAAUGGAUGGUUGCCAGGCCACAGAAAUAUUUAAAACAAUUGAAAGAGAAUUUAAACAGCAGAGGAUUUUUUUUUUUUGGAAGUGGGGAGGGAAAGGGAGGUGUAGGGUGGGAUGGGUUGGGAGGUUGUGAGCAGUGGACGGAUUUCCUCUGCAUGUUAAAGUCCUGACUGAAGUAGCACCAUUACUGUAUUCAUAUGUAGUACCUUUUUAAAUACUAUUUAUAUUGUUAAAAAAAAAAAAAGUGUUUCCCUGACCCCCAUAUUCAGCUGGUGAGUUAUGUUUAAACGUGAAUCUGGAACUGUAGAAUGCCCUUCUUUGUUGCUGGGUUUUUCCUGUUUUGUUUGUUCUUAAAGCCCUCUUUUGGUUCAGGAAUGACUUGUGCAGUUUAUCUAUAAUGACCAUGUUGAAGGUUUCUGUGCAUCAGACUAUGGAAAAGGAAAUAGGAAAUGCACACUUCUUCCCCGCCCCCCCAGUGAAAUAUAUUUGUAAGUGUCUGAUUAUGUGCUAUAAAAUUAUUGAUUUUUUUUUCCCUCUUAGAUUAAGGAUGUGAUGUAUUUUUUUUGCAUUUUUUUUCUCUGCCUCUAGGUUCAUAAUGAAUUAAAGGCUGUUGAGCACUUCAGAAUUACAAUUUUUA